AAUGAUACAUUUAUUAACAGCAUCAUAAGGGCUGAACCCGGUCGUAUUAAACAGCUGAACCCCCACCGUUUUCAGUGAUUAAUUGAUAGUUUCCUAGAAAUGUUUUGGUUGUAAUUUAACCCCAUUAAGAAUGAAGAGUUUAGACAGCGAUUCUCCUCCAGCCAAUGGAUCAGCGACGUUCACAUCGAGCCUAUCACGACAUGCUGCCAAAGACUGCGUCUUGAUUGGCUCUUUGAGAAUAGCGCUGUCCCAUUGGCUCUUCCAGAUUUGCUGCGCGGAUCUUACAGGAGGUGUCCAGGGUUGAAAGGCAGAGAAGUGCUCAUCACAUCUUAGUGUGACAGAUGACAGUGUGUAUGUGUGAUGUGCAUGGAGAGCUUUGAUUAAAGUGACGUAUUUCACUCUGGAGCAGUGCUUUCUAAUCUCAUCAGCAUAGUUCUGUGGAAGAGGAGAAGAUACUAUAGUUUUACUGCUAAAGAAGUGUGUUUUACCACGCGACGCGUAUUCAACAUGACGGAUCAUUCUGGCACGGAGUUUGAAAUAGACGUAGAGGGCCUGGAGACCGAGAGCGACGACCAAGAGGUGUUUACAUCCACCGGUGAAGACUCGGGGAGCAAAAAUGAAGACAAACCCAGCAGCAUUAACCUGACUUCUGGAGACCAGCGCAAACUGAGCCGCACACCGAAGUGCGCCCGGUGUCGGAACCACGGCGUCGUGUCUUGCCUGAAGGGACACAAGAGAUUCUGCCGAUGGAGAGACUGUCAGUGCGCGAACUGCCUGCUGGUGGUGGAGAGACAGCGAGUCAUGGCUGCACAAGUAGCACUGCGAAGACAACAAGCCACAGAGGUGAAAGAAGGGAUUUCUGGAAAACAUAUACCGGUGGAAAGACGAACUAUCUAUCAAAGACACAUCCGUCCAUCCACUAUGCUGGCUAAAAGUAUUUUAGAAGGAUACCGUCCAGUCCAGACUGACACAUUUCUGGGUGCCAAUGCUGCUCUGCCCCCUCCACUGAGUGACCGUAUGAGAAAGAGAAGAGCCUUUGCUGACAAGGAGCUGGAGACCAUCAUGCUAGAGCGAGAGUAUAAAGAACGGGAGCUUCUCGAGUCCAGCCAGUCGUCCUCCGCUUCUCUCUUCCUUCCAGGCAGCAUGGUCCAUGCUGCUGAGUAUAAUUCCUACAAGACAGCCUUCUCGUCCUCUUCAGCCCCUUCCACGGUUGAACCCAAUCCCAAGGAUCUCUGUAGCUUCCUCCCCGGCUGUCUGGACCUCUCCCUGCAGUAUGCUGCCUCAGGCGGGACGACUGCAAACGUGGAGCUCAUCUCUUCUAAUGUGAGCGUAGCCACCACUUAUCGCCAGUACCCGCUCUCACCACGCUUCGUGAUGUGGCCGCGGGGCAGCAGCAAUAUAAGCGAUGCCUUGUUAUACCAGCAGUGUCUCCUUAAUGCCACGGCGGUCCAGAACAUGAAACCUGGAGCAGUUUGGGACCCAAAAAUGAUGACCUCCACCGAGAGCCACCCGCCAGAGCAAGAGGGUGCAUCGUCCAGGGUUGAGGGAUCUCGAGUGGCCCCAGAGCGGUGUGACCACCAGCCAGGGCCUCGGGAAGCACAGACAGGACUUGGCCAGAACGGAAGUGCCCGCUCUGCCUUUUCGCCUCCUAAGAGGGCGUACGGACAAGCUUUUUCAAAUGUACCUUUACAGACAGGGAACCACGAGCAUGUGUACAACAACAUGAGCAAGGACAAUGCCAAGCACUCUCUGUCCAUGAAGCUAAACUCUUUUCAUUCCCUAAUACAGCAGAAAUUAAAUGAAAAAAAUCCAGAAGUGAAUGGGCCGUACUGUAAGGAACUGCUGGUGGAAGCAGCCAAAAAGUUUAAAGAGGGAACAGUCGGAAUCAAAAACUCUGCAGUAAAGGACUUUGUAGCAAAGCCACGGAGCGGCAAAGUUUCCACAGGAGAGUCUCUGUCAUUCUCAGUGGAGGCCAUAUUAAAGAGACCGUCGCUUUCUUUAAAUCGGACAUCCCAGUAAGACUUGUUGAAUAAUAAUAAUCUCAAAUAUACAUUCUAACUUUGGUACAAUUGUAUAUUUAUUUACAUACGUAUAUGGAAAUUUAUAAAAGAGAGCGAUCAAGAAUUUGGAAGCAAGCAAAUGAGCUUCAAGCAGCAAUUGAAACAAAACAUGCUGUUUUUUCUUUCUGUAUAUUUAAAAAUGUACAUAUUUUAGACAUGCAUGUCAUGCAUUAUCAUACGUCAUAAUGUGUAGAGUAUUUAAGUGUAAAUGUUAAUUUUGCUACU